UUAAGGAUCAUUCCCUGAACGUGAUCAGCUGUCUGGUACUACGCUGUAGUGAUGUGGAGGGUACGUCUCCGUGAGGCCAUACUAUGGUUCAGUACUGUUGUUACAUGUGUGACGAGCACAACCUUUAUAUAUAUGCCGGAUAACAAGAUGGACUGGUCAGAAGCUCGAGACAGUUGUGUGUCGAUGGGGGCGAGGCUCGCCAUCCUGGACUCACAAGCCGUAUACGAUGAAGCCCAAGCUUAUAUGCUGACUGUUACGGGAGGAGCUGAACCACCGCACGACUUCUGGAUCGGCAUUCGUCGAUGGUGGGGAAUUUAUUAUUGGGUUGACAGCACCAGGGUAUCCUAUGGGUUUUGGGACAAUGACGAACCCAAGUACGACUACAACAAAAGGUGCAUCAGAGCCCACAAAUCACACUGGGGCUGGAAAACGACCAGUUGUAGUGAUAACACGGACUACCUCUGUGAAGUUGUAAGCACAACGACAAUUCCGACAACUACGACUACGCCCGCCACAACGACCACGCCUACCACAACCACGACCACGCCUACUACACUGACUACCACGCCUACCACAACCACAACCACGCCUACUACAACCACGACCACGCCUACCACAACUACAAUUCCAACCUCAACAACCUUGAAAAUGUCGCUUGACGAGGUCUGGGCAGGAAUACCGCCUUCUGGAGUUAUCGGACUUGCGAUUGGUUUUGGAACACUGGCCGCCAUGUGCAUCUGUUGUACAGUUUGUGUACAGUGUCUUUGUCGAUACAAGAGGAAAAUGGACGAAGAGAAGAGAAGGAAGAAUGACAAGAUUAACCUGACAAACAACGUGGUCGCUCCUAUACCUCCACCAGAACCACUCACCCCAAUUCAACUCAAAUACAUUGCUUAACAUGCCAUGCAGACGUGACGUCAUUUCCCGCAUUCAACGUAAAACCAGACUUUUGCGGGAAGGAUUAUCUGACAUCAAAGCCUGUUAGUAGUUUGUAUGACGGGAUGUACUAACCUGAAAUGUUGAGAUAAUUUAACAGAACUAUGUUUUUCCGACAUGGCGUGGUAACAAUUUUAGUUUUAACAAC